AUGGCCUCUCCAAUUCCCAGAGGUCUCCGCCAGGUGCUCCAGAAGUCGCCUAAUGACAUUGUCAUUCUCUCUUCCCUGCGUACACCCGUAACCCGCGCCAAGAAGGGCGGUUUCAAGGACGCCUACCCAGAAGAGCUCCUGACCAACGUACUCCGCGCAACACUGGAAGCAAACCCCAACCUCGACCCGGCCCAGAUCGACGAUGUCCUGAUCGGAUCUGUCCUACAAGAGCUGGGCGGCGCCAAAGCCGGCCGCAUGGGCCAGAUCCACGCCGGAUUUCCCCACUCCGUGCCCUUCAACACGAUCAACCGCCAGUGCUCCUCCGGUCUGGCCGCGAUCACAACCAUUGCCAACGGGAUCCGCGCCGGCGCCAUCAACGUCGGUGUCGGUGGUGGUAUGGAGUCCAUGACCCGCAACUACGGCUCGCGCGCCAUCCCCACCGUGCUCUGGCCCGAGCUGAAGGAGUCCUACUCCCAGGACGCCCGCGACUGUAUCAUGCCCAUGGGCAUCACCUCCGAGAACGUCGCCUCGCGCUACGGCGUCUCCCGCGCCGACCAGGACGCCUUCGCCGUCGAGUCCCACGCCAAGGCCUCCGCCGCCCAGAAGGCUGGCCGCUUCGACUCUGAGAUCAUCCCCGUCACCACCAAGACCCUCGACCCCGAGAACCCCGAUGCCCCAGCCAAGGAUGUCACCGUCUCAAAGGACGAUGGCAUCCGCCACGGCCUGACCCUCGAGAAGGUCAGCGCUCUCAAGCCCGCUUUCUCCGCGGACGGUGCCAGCACCGCCGGCAACAGCUCGCAGGUUAGCGACGGUGCCGCUGCUGCCCUGUUGAUGCGCCGUUCUACCGCCGAGGAGCUCGGUCUCUCCGGCUCCAUCAAGGCCCGCUGGGUCGCCUCCGCUGUUGCGGGCUGCGCCCCCGAUGAGAUGGGUGUCGGUCCCGCCGUCGCCAUCCCCAAGCUCCUGCAGUCUGUUGAUAUCAAGGUUCCCGAGGUUGGCGUCUGGGAGAUCAACGAGGCUUUCGCUUCGCAGGCUCUCUACAGUGUUCGCAAGCUCGGCAUCGACCAGGCUAAGGUUAACCCCAACGGUGGUGCCAUUGCUAUCGGUCACCCUCUCGGUGCUACUGGUGCCCGCCAGCUGGCUACUCUGCUGCCUGAGAUGGAGCGCAGUGGCCAGGAGAUUGGCGUUAUCAGUAUGUGCAUUGGUACCGGUAUGGGUAUGGCUGGCAUGUUCGUCCGCGAGUAA